GUAUUUUAAGUACAUUAGUCAUAUUGUAUGUGUAGAAAAAUUAAAUGGCAAGUGAAGGAAAAAACUUUCAACCUGAAGAUUAUGGACUUGAUAAGUCGUUCAGGUUUACAAGCUACACCAAGUUAAAAGGAUGAGGUUGCAAGGUCCCUCAACAGGAGUUGCUCAACUUGUUGCAGGGACUGAAACGUGACGAAACUGACGAGAAUUCGGAAUUUAGUUUUCUUGGUGUUGGUUUGGACUCUUGUGUCUUACCAACUCGACACAAAGACAUCAGACUGGUGCAAACAACAGAUUUUUUUUAUCCUCUAGUCGAUGACCCAUACAUGCAGGGCAAAAUUGCCUGCGCCAACGUUCUAAGCGACUUGUAUGCAACUGGCGUAUACGAGUGCGAUAAUAUGUUGAUGCUGUUAGGAGUAAGUACACAACUUCAACUAAAGGAACGUGAAGUAGUCACCAAGCUUGUUAUUAAAGGUUUCAAUGAUUUGGCAAAGGAGGCUGGCACUAGUAUAAAUGGUGGACAAACUGUCUUAAAUCCCUGGUUUAUUGUAGGAGGUGUGGCUUCCAGUGUAGUGAAAGAUGAUGAAUACAUCAGGCCAGACGGUGCAGAGGAGGGCGAUGUUAUAGUCCUAACAAAACCAUUAGGUACACAAAUUGCAGUCAAUGCACAUCAAUGGAUAGAACAGCCUGAACAGUGGCAAAAAUUUCGAGACAUCACAACAAUAGCACAAGUUGAAAAGGCUUAUCAGGACGCCAUGUUUUCUAUGGCCAAACUUAACAAGAAUGCAGCAAUGUUGAUGCACAAAUUCAAUGCGCAUGCUGCAACUGACGUUACUGGGUUUGGAAUACUUGGUCAUGCAAAAAAUCUUGUUGAAAGUCAAAAAAACGAUGUGUGCUUUCAUAUUCAUACAUUGCCAAUUAUAGCGAAUAUGGCCAAAGUUUAUAAAGCGUGUGGCAUUAAUUUCAAGCUGCUCGAUGGUUACUCUGCUGAAACUUCAGGUGGACUCUUUGUAUGUUUAUCCAAAGAAAAUGCCAUCAAGUUCUGCGAGGAGUUGCAAGAACUAGAUGGCCAUCCUGCGUGGAUUAUUGGAGAUGUUGUAAAAGGAUUAAAAACUGCCAAGAUUUCAGAGGAUUACAAAAUAUUGGAAGUAUAAAGAGUAUAUGAAGUUAGAUAUAAAAUAAAUUUCUUUUGAAUAUAUUUUUUUAUGGAGUGGGAUAACAAAAAUUAUCUGUACGUUUUCUUCUGUAUUAUCUUUUUUUCCCUUUUCUGGUGGAGCAAUGUCAACAUGUGACCAAAUUUACUACUAAUUUUUUUCGAGAAGUCUGUUUACAUAAAAAAUUAUUUGUGUCACUUUUUUUAAGAAGUCACUUAACGCUCACAUCAACGCCCUGUGUGUUUAUUAUAACAUCAAUUUUUUUAUUUAAGCAUUUUAAGGAAGCGUUAUUUGAAUUUGAGCCAAGAUUUUUUUCUAGAACGUGGUAUUGACGCCCAAAUAUGUUUAACUAAGAACAUUAGACGAUUUCUUUUUUUUCGACAAAAAUGGAAGAUAAGAUAUUCCUCUUUUUCAUUGCUAUGGCGUUCAUUUAAGAAGGGUUAAGAUAGUUGAUUUCUAAGGUUUUUCCUUCUGCUUUAUUUACCAGGGCGUUUAUUUUUUCGUGGGCGUUUAUGGAGGGUUUUGCAAUAUUCAAUAAAAUGUAUUUACGUUAUCGAAAAUAAUGUUUUAGUUUGAUUUCUAAACAAGGUAAAUGGAACAAUUUUUCAACUGGUUUUUCUAGCUGCUUAAUGGCAGAACACGUUUUUUAUUAAUAUAAUGUUAAUGUUGUGUAUAUCUUUUAAAUUUUAAUUUUCACUUUAACGUUAGAUACAGUUUGAGCUGCUGUGUUUUUUCAUGUAAAAGUCAAUCCAGUAACUUGUCAUAUUUCUUUCACUUGAAGUCAAUUUUGAAAUCACGAAUUGUGACUGAAUUGUACUGAUGUUGUUUUUACGAAAGAAUGCUUGCUGGUUAUUCUA